AUGGACUCUACAACUCUCAACUCAUCGACUCGGGACAGGAGCAGGAGUCGUAGUAGAGAUAGGCGAGGCCGGAGCAGAAGUAGGAGCAGAGACCGCAAUAGCAAUAACCAACGCAAAUUCUCUUCUGGCAACAGCAACAAGUACCGUCGGGGCAGUCAAAGCCCUCCCAACGACCGUGAGACCUACGACAAAGAGUCAAAGUUGAGUUCUGGACCUGAAUAUCGCAACCGCCUGGAUAGAGAUGGUCAUUCAUCGUCUUCCUCGUCGAACUCGGCUGACAGAAAGUACAGCCAGAGGGCUGACUUUGGCAACAAUCGACAGGCGUUAUCGACAUACGACAACAGCCAGAGGUCGUCCCGCCAGCAACAACAACAGCAGUACUCCCGGAGACGAGACGAUGUUCGGACUGUGGUUGAGACCCGAGACAUCGGACUCGAAAGCAUUCGGAUUGUUCGCGAUCGUUACACUGGCGAGUCCAAAGGUUUCGGCUUUUUGAAGUUUGUUGAACCACAGUAUGCUCAAGACUUUGUAAACGAGUUCUCGCCUUCGAUCGGGAUGGGGCAAAACCGGGUCAGAAUCGCCUUCAGCAACAAUCCCAGCGGCUCACGAGAGACAUUGCGCCGUUGUGCCGAGUGUGACAUGACAAAUGGUGCACAUCGAGAAGACUGUCAUCGUUCCUCGCCAAGCAAGCAAGUCGGCCAUGCCUCGGAGGGGCGGAGUUCGCGUGAAUACGGUACCAGCAACAUCAGCGGCGGUAACAGAACGGGAACCGAAAUGGAAUCUGGAUACGAUAUGCAUCAACAGCAGCAGUACCAUGACCAACAAAAGCAACACUUUUUGAACCAGAACCAGAGUUUUGCCUCGGCGUACCAACCGCAGCCGCUGAACGUUGGAGCUCGGGACAUAGGGAGUGUCCCAAACUCUAUUCUGAUUGUGACGGACUUGCCGUCAUUAGUCAACGAGUCAGGGAUCUGGAACGCGAUGUCACUUCUUGGACCUUUAGUCCGAGUGAUGUUGGCCAAAGAUCGACAGUCUAAGAUCAGCUGGGGCUACUGCUUUGCCGAGUACUCUGACAUCCAGGGUGCGACGAUGGCGCUGGAAAAGGCCCAGGGCAUGGCAUUUACGAUCCAGAAGAAGGCCGUAGAGAUACAUUAUGCACAUCACGGAUCGUUUAUUCCAGCAUACGCGCCAACACAAUGGACAAUCGAUUAUGGGUCUGAGGGCCAAUUGGCGAUCUACUGGGACGAGCAGGCCUUCCUCUCGGUAUACACCGGUCCCUCAUCUGUAUCGCGUACGUCAACAGCCUCUUCUCACCCCAAGAUCACAGCUGCUGCUGCAAAGACAACAGGAUCAGAGACGGACGAAUUGACCGCGUUCUAUGCUGUCAUGGGAGAUGUUCUACAGACGGAGCCUCCUCGUAGCGGCGCUGGAUCGUCUAUUUUUGCAGUUCCGACGUUUGGGGGGAAUGCUUCUAGUACCGGCGCUAGAGCAGUAGUCACUGUACAUACCGCCGAGGCAAGACCAGUUAUUCCUACUUCCAUUCCGACCCCGGUUGUUCCAGAGUUACCCUCGAUCCCCACAACAGCCAAGAUCGAUAAGGCCCAGCUUGCUGGGAUCGCAGCAGCCCAGGCAGCAGAGCAAUUGGCCAAGGCUGAGGAGAAGAAACGGAAGGCGGGACCGGGACUGCCAUCCUCGGUCAUCGGUAUCGGAGGCGGCGGAAAGAAGGUUUCUAUCCAGCUACAGAAGUGGUCGAAUAUGCAGGCCACCGGCGAUCUUGCUCCGACAGCUCAUGGAACCGGCCAGGGAGAACCACCCACAUCAUCGUCACCGCCAUCUUCCAUGUUAUCACAGACGUCAUCUACAUCAACAGUGCGUCAACAGGAGUUCGUCUAUGAACAAGACGAGUUACUGGAUCUGAAGAUCAAUGCCUGUCUGCUCUGUCAGCGACGUCUGAAAUCACUCCAGGAUCUUCGCAAGCACCAAUCGUUGUCGGAUCUGCACAAGAAGAAUCUUUUGGAUCGUUCUGCUAUUGAGGCGGCGCUUGCUAAAUCGAGGGGCACUACCACAGUUGGAACUUCGUCGUCAUCAUCGAUUUCUUCUGUGGCACCAUCGGCGAUAAAGGCGCUAUCGGCAGUGGGAGAGGAGGAACCAAAGUACCGGGAUCGAGCAGCAGAGAGACGACAAAUUUUUGGACAACCGGAUUACCCUUUACCACCCAUGCCUUCGGGUCGCGACUUUGGCAGCAGCGGCGGUGGUGCUCGUGGUAAUUUCAACAACAGUAACCCCUAUGCUCGAGGAAGUAGCAAUACUGCAUAUGGCAACCAGGGCACCAUCAUCCCAGAACAACCGACCAAGGAUGGAAUCAAAGAAGACAAUGUCGGAAACCGGCUAUUGAAAUCUAUGGGGUGGAAGGAGGGGCAAGGGCUGGGGAAGGAUGGUGAGGGGAUCAAGGCCCCGAUCCAGGCUAGUGGGUAUGCCAAGGGUGUAGGAAUUGGGGCGGGGUUGCAGCGGAAGGCUGAUGGCAAUGGGAGAGGAGGGCCGUUGGGGAAUUAUGCGGAGAGUGCAAAGGAGCUUGCUAGGCGGCGGUAUGAGCAGUCGGGUUUGUAG